CAUGAUCCUCAGCCUUGCCCCCAGGUGAGCACUACUCUCUCCCCGGACCUCUCGACUCGCUCUGAGGCGGAUCCUCCCCGGGGUGCUCACACACACUGCUUCCCGAACACAUGCCUUAUUUAUAGCCUCGCUGCCGGUGUUUUUCCUCCUGCUCCUGUGGAGACCGUGCGCGCGACCUGGGCGACAGAAAUUAGAAGUCUUCCUCUUUAGUAACGAGGUUAGUCAGUCAGUUGAGCAUCGUGUCCGAGUCCCUUCCCCCUCUCCUGAUAAUGGAGAGAUCACUUCGUGAGGCAGUAGAGCGAGGUCUGCUGCUCGUCUGAUCCUGACACACAGAACCGGGGGGAGAGAUGCAGUCGGAGGACAUCUCGGCCGGGCUCGCGUCUCAAGAGGCUCCUUCAGAAGCGCUGUCCGAGGUCUCCACGAAAGAGACGCCCGAGGAGGCGGAGGAGGACGUGCCGGGGGACGGCGAGCAAGGUCCUUCGGGAUGCGUGCCUUUGCCUUUGGCUUGCUGUGUGUGCCUGGACCUGGAGCGCGUGAGUAACUGCGUGCGCUCGGAGAAGAUCUGCAUCUUGCCUAUCCUGGCCUGCUUGCUGAGCCUGGCUCUCUGCACCGCCGGCCUCAAGUGGGUCUUCGUGGACAAGAUCUUCGAGUACGAGCCACCCACCCACCUUGAUCGUAAACUCAUAGGACAUGAUCCUGUAAUAAACUCGGACUUCACUCAGAAUCCGGUAUCAGUCUCCGCUUCCACGGCCAGCCCGUCUGUCCCGGGACAGCCCAAGGUGUUUGUGGAGGGGGGGUCCACGGCCGGUCCCGUCGAGGUCUCCUCAUCUAAAGUGGCUGUUUUAACACCCACUGCAGCAGUGACUGUUCACAACAACUCUGUGUCUCCACCCAAACCCAAGAGCACCUUCAAACCCGUCCAGAAUGCCACCAAUGCAAACCAAUAUACAACUCUGGAAUCUAACGAAAUUAUUCCAAAGACCAGCACCACCAGCACCACUCCCACGGCCAAGACCUCCAGUCACAUGACGCCCUGCAGCGAGAGCGAGAGGAAGUUCUGCGUGAACGGAGGGAAAUGCUUCACGCUGGAGGUCACACCGGGAAACAUCCGACACCUCUGCAGGUGCCUUCCAGGAUUCACAGGGAACCGCUGUCAUACCAGAGACCCUGUGAGAGUCGUAGACCCCAAACAAGCUGAGGAGCUCUAUCAGAAACGCGUUUUGACUAUAACAGGCAUCUGCAUCGCUCUUCUAGUUGUUGGCAUCAUGUGUGUGGUGGCUUACUGCAAAACAAAGAAACAGAGGAAAAAGCUGCAUGACCGUUUGCGGCAAAGUUUACGACAGCGAAACGCUGCGGCCAAAGGCGCCCAGCCGCCCCAGCCUCCACCCGAAGACCUGCAGCUGGUCAAUCAUUACAUGCCGAAAAAUCCCGUCCCUCCUCACGUUCAUGUGACGGACAGAGAAGCGGAAACAUCUCUGUCCACCACCGAGUUCACAUCACCAACACAUGUGUCCAGCGCCGUCACUCGCUCCUCCAGCCUGAGCUGGAGUAAUGGGAAAGCAGACAGUGUGGCUUCUGACGCUCACGCAGGCCUGAUGAGGUCCUCGCAGGAGACGAGCCGGCAUGGGACGCCCGGUCCCAGAGGGCGUCUGAACGCCACCGGAGGCGUCCACCAGCUCAACGAGCACCUGAAGAGCUGCGGAGACGCCCCGGGCUCCUGCAGAGACUCCCCCUACAGCGAGAGGUACGUUUCGGCUAUAACUUCCCCGGCCCGUGUGUCCCCCGUGGGUCUCCUCUCUCCAGCGACGCCCUCCGAGACGUCGGCUCCUCUCUCCAGCCUGGCGACCCCUGUCCCGUCCAGUCCCUCGGGAGAGGAGGAGCGCCCCCUGCUGUUCCUGCGGGACAAACCCAGCGCACACCAGAGCCAGACGGGCCAGAACCUCCGCCACUCGGCCCACUAUAACCACGGGCUGGAUCUGCCCAGUCCUGUGCACCCUGAGGAGCAGGAGAGCUCAUCACAGCGGUUCACAAGCACAGGUGCCCCGUCCUCCCCGUCCCACAGGACUCAGGCGGCGCCGGAGCCCGAACUCAGCGGCAGUCCCUCAGAGAGCAGCGGCUCCGAGAGCGAGACCGAGGACGAGGACACGCCGUUUCUCGGCUCCCAGAACCCCGUGGUGUCCGGCGGCGGGCUGGUUCUGGACGGGCUGGAGGGCAGCAGAACUAACCCUAACCCUGCGCUGCUCCUCUCGCCCCAACACGACCUGCAGAGCAGACUCACGGCCCGCAUGGCCAAACAAGACCUCAUCGCUGUGUGAGGCAUGCAAAGAAGAAGAAGAUCACCACUAAACCUUUAUUUUCUAUAAUUAAGUAUUGCGAAAAGAAAAACGUCAACUUUUAUUUUAGUGAUGUUAGUGAAUCAAAGACUUUUAUAAUGUGUGCAACGUGUUUGUGUCAUGGAAAAGAAGUGCCAUUCACACGUAGCUGAGGUCACAGUAUUUCAAUGGCAGAAAAAAUAUAAUCAACGGUGCCUUUUAAUUUCAGUUGGGGAAAAGAAGAACUGCAUUAUGACACUGGGCCAUAUAUU